CUGUGAUCCAUCUUUACAAAAUAUUAAAUGGAUUGUAACGGCUCACCAUUCUGACAUUUUCUUCUGUGAACUGUAUAUGCAAUGCAAACACGACACAAGUGAAACCAAGUGCCAGCUUCCAGCACAAAAAUUAGCAUAUUGAAGUUUGAGCCUUUGCUUAGUAAUAAAUGCUUGCAGUGAAAACAACACUGAAAAAGGUCAAAAGGGCAUCUCAGAGAACCCAAAAUUGCAACAAGUGUCUCUUAUUUUAAAUUUUUAAUGCCAUUUUUAUCCAUAUUUCUUCUAUUUAAGAAGUAGCCAAGACCCCAGAGCAGAGCAAAGCAAGGCAAGGCAAGGAGCUUUUAGAUUUAGUGAAAGCAGCAGAACAGAAACCAUGAGUUCCAGAGCUCUCUUCUUCUUUGCUUUGCUAGCUUUCUCAGCAGUGUCUUGUUUUGCUGAGAAUGAAGAGGACCCAGGUCUUGUUAUGGACUUUUACAAGGACAGCUGUCCUCAGGCUGAAGAUGUUAUCAGAGAACAAGUCAAGCUUCUCUACAAGCGCCACAAGAACACUGCAUUCUCUUGGCUCAGAAACAUCUUCCAUGACUGUGCUGUCCAGUCAUGUGAUGCUUCCCUGCUGCUGGACUCAACCAGGAGGUCCUUGUCUGAGAAGGAGAUGGACAGGAGCUUUGGGAUGAGAAACUUUAGGUACAUUGAAGAAAUUAAAGAAGCACUGGAGAGGGAGUGCCCUGGAGUUGUUUCUUGUUCAGAUAUUCUUGUUUUGUCUGCUAGGGAGGGUGUUGUUCGGCUAGGAGGCCCAUUCAUCCCUCUCAAAACUGGAAGAAGAGAUGGAAGGAGGAGCAGAGCAGAGAUCCUUGAGCAAUACCUUCCUGACCACAAUGAGAGCAUGUCCACUGUCCUUGAGAAGUUUGCUGACAUGGGCAUUGACACCCCUGGUCUGGUUGCCCUGCUAGGAGCUCACAGUGUUGGUAGAACACACUGUGUGAAGCUGGUGCACCGUUUAUACCCAGAAGUUGACCCUCAGCUCAACCCUGACCAUGUUGGUCACAUGCUCAAGAAGUGCCCUGAUGCAAUCCCUGACCCCAAAGCGGUUCAAUAUGUGAGAAAUGACCGCGGUACCCCCAUGAUAUUUGACAACAACUACUACAGGAACAUUUUGGACAACAAGGGUUUGAUGAUGGUGGAUCACCAACUAGCCACAGACAAGAGGACAAAACCCUAUGUCAAGAAAAUGGCCAAGAGCCAAGACUACUUCUUUAAGGAGUUUUCAAAAGCUUUCACCAUUCUCUCUGAGAACAACCCUCUUACAGGAACAAAGGGAGAGAUCAGGCAGCAGUGCAAUGUUGCCAACAAGAUCCACGACUAGAUCAAACCUUUUACUUCGUAAAAAAAAAAGUCUUGAUCCACUCUUUUUUUUUUCUUUGAUUAUGCAACUGAGAAAGAAAAAAAGUGUGUGAGAGACAAGCUGCAUAAUAAGACGGGCUUUCUAGAUGCUGUUUUGUUUUUAUGGCAGAGUUCAUUGCUCUGGUUAAAAGGCAUGUGGUGUCAUGUUGGCCUAAAGCCUUUGAUCAUGCACUAGUUGUUGAUGUAGGUUUUGUUUUGUUUUUUUCUUCUGUGGCGUUGGAUGAGAUGGGCAUGGGGGAUGUUGGGAUGUGUGUAUAUGUAUGUAUGGAUGGUUUGAACUUUGAACAUGUAUGAUGUAUGGAUUUCAAUGAUGAUGGUUUUUGAUGAUUCAUGCUUAUAAA